AUGUAUAGCAAAAGAAAAAUAACAGCAAGCAUUGAAGUGUAUCCAUCUGGUCGAGUGUACUCAUUUACGGACAGACUCUCAAGCAAACGCUUGCGUAGAGAUUGUGGUUUUUAUAUUGAAAACGUUCGCAGAAUACAAGCGAGUAAUCUCAGUUUUUUUGCUCAACGCGUUAUUUCUUCAAUUACAAAGACAGUUAUGAGAUCAGACAAGUUCAAAUACCGCAGUAAAGCGUCUGGUACUUUCAAUUAUGAGUUACGUUUACGUGAAGCUUUAAAAGAUGAUCCAAAUUCAGAUAAAUUACUAAGUUUAAAAAGAAAAUGGAAAAAUGAUGAAUAUAUGUACAAUUGGGAUACUUAUGUAGAUGAGAAAGAGAACCAAAAAGUUGAUAAAAAAGUCAAGAAAAUAAAACGUCAAGCACACUCUGACUUUCAUGAUCAUUUAGAUAAUAGACUUAAAGCUAAUAUUUCGAAGAAGAGUCCAACCGGUGGAAAUCAAACUAACAAUAUACUGGUGCCUCAAUUGAUGGAAUUUACUGAUAUUCUUCAUAAGACCGGAAAAGAUCAGACGCAAGUUCAGGUUAAUAAUGAUGAUGCAGGUAAUGAAAGAAAUGAUGAAAUUGAGAAUAUUGCUGAUAACAUUUUAAGUUCGUUUAUAUUUGAGAUUGAAGCCAAUAUCCAAAAAACAACCGAAGAAAAAUGGAAUGUAUCUAAAAUGAAAGAACUUAUAGAUAAGUACUAUAAGAUAAUAAUAGAUCAUUUUGAUGAAUUAUUAGAUGUUGAUCACAAGAAACUUAUUAUGGAAUUCAGUAAACCUCCUUAUGAUGAUUUUUCUUAUAAAUGUGAUGAUGAAUUUGUUUGGUAUCAGAGAAUAUUUAUUAAUUUGACUCGACAAUUUUUACGUAAUAGAGGUGCUCUAUUUGAUAAAGAAGCCUCUGAGCUUCGCUAUUACUUGAAAAUUGUGAAUCCCCUGCUUGCAGGGGCAUUUGAAAUGAUUGAAUCAAUGUCAUUAUCAUUGUGGAAUCAACGUGUACAUCUUGAUAAUGAAAUUUCGCAACUAUCAACUCUUGCUAUAUUAGUCUAUGGGAAAAUUUUUAGUUUCUUAAGCAUGCAUUACAUUAAUAAUGAGUUUGUGGUUAAGAAUUAUGAUGAUUUUAUAUUACCAACAAUAAAUGAGUGCCUGGUGAGACUACCAAAAAUAAUAGAAACGAUUGCCAAAUUCAAGAUAAGAAUUAUAAUAUAUCAUCGAGAAUAUAUGGCUAAUUUCUAUAAAGUAGUGCAUUCGCUAAGUGAUAACCUACCAAAUGCUUCAUCACAAAAGAAGAGAAACAAUUAUGGUCAUCUCUGA